CGGGAAGGGGGCGGGGCCGAGGCCUGCCGUGCGGAUGCAGGUGCCGACUGGGGGCCCAGGCUGGUCGGAAGCCACCGCCGGCUCCCCCUGCUGGGAUGGAUGCCAACACGGAAGUGACGGAAGCCCCGGAGGAAGAGAGCAUCGCAUUCUCCAUCUCUUCCGCCUCCGAAGCCGAGUUUGAUGCUGUGGUUGGAACUAUAGAAGACAUUAUCAUGAAUACCAAGUUCCAAGUACUGCAGAGAAACUUCAUGGACAAAUACUACCAGGAAUUUGAAGACACGGAAGAGAAUAAACUCACGUACACACCGAUUUUUAAUGAAUACCUUUCUUUGGUAGAAAAAUAUAUUGAAGCACAGCUGUUGGAGCGGAUUCCCGAAUUCAACAUGGCCGCUUUCACAACGACUUUAAAGCACCGUAAAGAUGAAGUAGCCGAUGACAUAUUUGAUAUGCUGCUCACAUUUACGGACUUCCUAGCUUUUAAAGAGAUGUUUCUGGACUACAAAGCAGAAAAAGAAGGCCGGGGACUGGACUUAAGCAAUGACUUAGUGGUGACUUCCUUGCGCAAAACACAAUCUUCCAGGCCCUACGCCCGGAACCGGCUGCAUCACUAGCUCCCGCCCCCAGGCACUGGGAGACCUCUGCAUCAAGGGCUCAAUAGGCUUGGAGAGACUUCUGCUUGUGACAGAAAGCAUCUUGGAAGACUGUCCUGCAGCUCUUCAUUACUGUUAAUUAUCCAUGGGUCAAAAAAAUAAUUACCCUCCUUCUUGUAUUCAGUAAUCUUAGUGCUCCUGCCAAAGAAGACUUAACCUUUCUCUCGUGCUUCUGAGAGUCAGACUACUCUGGGACAAGCUUAUGUCAUGCAUUCUACCUAUGAGAUCCCUUCUCCCAGCAUACAUAUUCCUGUGUCAACAACACGGAAAAUAACACCUUGACAAACCCUUUCCAUCCCAAAUACCACAGGCAGGCUUUGCAUCAGUCUUCUGUGUUCACAACUCUUUCACUUGGGAAAAGAUCUUUAAAAGGACAGAAAGAAGAGUGAAGAAUAAAGAAUAAAAGAUAAAGAAUGGAAAAUAAAGCAGCCCUUGCCACUAGGAGACAGAUUAUUAAAUCCUAAAGACAUAACUGGUAGGAUUUCAAGUAUCAGUUCGGAAAAGCUCCUGCCACCCCCUCUGACUAUUUCUCACAGAGCAGAUCUCCCCAGAAAAGAAAGCUUCUUCAGGUUGAAACCUUCAGAGCCUACACCAACCACAUACCAUCUUGCCAUCUGUACACCCUCAAGAGUAUCUGCUCUGGCAGCUUGCGGUAGGUGGCGAUCUCCACGUCGAGGGCCAGCUUAACAUUCAUCAGCUCCUGGUACUCCUUCAGCAGCCG